UAAAAAUAGAAAACCCAAAAAUGGAAAAUGGUGGAAAUUCGCCGCCAUGAACAUUCAAAUUGAAAGCUCGACAAUGGAUUCUUCUCAACAGUGGUAGCCGCCACCAACAUCACCACUCGCAGCUAACUCUUCUGAACGGUCCAUGCUCCUAACCCUCUUCGCGAAGAGAGCCUUCCACGUUGGUAAGCGUUUCGCAAACCAGAAUACCGACGACGUCGUUUUUAGAGCCAUUUGUGCUAAUCUAAAACGCAAGCGAUGGGCGUCGUUGAAACCCCUCUUCCCCAAGCUCACCAAUUCCAUAGUGAACCGUGUCGUUUGCGAGUUCCAGAACUCGCCACAAUUGGCCUUAGACUUUUACAACUGGGUCCAAGAGAUAUCACUAUCCCCACUCUCCUUAGAUUCUUGUUGCACCUUAGUUCACGUGUUAGUGAAAUCGAGAAGAUUCGGUGAUGCUUUGUUUUUUAUGAGAAACUUGAUUAGCCAAGAGGCUACUCCUCCUUUGGUAGUGUUGAGAGCGUUGCUUGAGAGUUACGAAAGGUGUGGUUCCAGCAUUGCAGUUUUCGAUGCGUUGGUUAGGGCUUCUGUUCAGGUUGGGGACACUGAAGGUGCCUAUGAUGUGAUCUUUGAAGUCAGAAAUCGAGGGUUUAGGGUUUCAAUUCAUGCUUGGAAUAACUUCCUCAGUCAUGUUUUGGAGUUAAAUGAAAUUGAUAGGUUUUGGAAGUUGUAUAAGGGAAUGGGCUCUUUUGGUUAUGUGGAGAAUGUGAAUACUUUUAAUUUGGUUGUGUAUGCGCUUUGUAAGGAAUGCAGGUUGGUUGAGGCUGUUUCGGUGGUUUAUAGGAUGUUGAAGGGUGGGGUUUUUGCGAAUGUUGUUUCGUUCAAUAUGAUCGUGGAUGGGGCAUGCAAGAUUGGGGAAUUGGAUCUCGCGCUAAAGGUUGUUAGGAAGAUGAAUGUGAUGACUGGGGAUUAUGUUUGGCCUAAUUCUGUUACUUACAACUGUAUCAUCAAUGGGUUUUGUAAGAAAGGGAAACUAGUGCUUGCAGAAGGAAUGGUUCAUGAAAUGGUGGAGGCAGGAUUGCAGCCGUGUGUUAGGACCUAUGCUACAUUAAUAGAUGGGUAUGCUAGGUGGGGGAGUUUGGAGGAGGCGCUAAGGCUGUGUGAUGAAAUGAUGGAAAGAGGGUUGUUUCUUAAUGUUGUUGUUUAUAAUUCGAUUUUGUAUUGGCUUUAUCGUAAAGGAGGAAUGGAGGAAGUGUCUCUGGUGUUAUCGGACAUGAUUGAUAAGCGUAUAAACCCUGAUCAGUACUCCUAUGCAAUCCUCACCCAAGGGCUUUGCAGAAAUGGAUAUCUGAUUGAAGCUCUUAAGCUUCAUAGCAAGAUUUUAAAAGCUAACUUGAUAAAGGAUGCUUUUUCUCUCAACAUACUCCUCAACUAUAUAUGCAAAACCAAAAAUUUGGCUUUAGCUAAGAAACUAUUGGGGAACAUGAUUACACGUGGUUUAGUUCCUGAUGUUUAUACAUAUGGAACUAUGAUUGAUGGAUACUUCAAGGUAGAUAACACAGAAAAUGCUCUUCGAGUUUAUGAUGGGAUGAUAAAGAUGGAUGACAAGCCAAACCUAGUAAUAUACAAUUCUGUCAUUAAUGGUCUAUGUAAAAUGGCCUCAACAGAUGUUGCAAAACUUCUAGUAGAUGAGUUACAAAAGAUAAAAUUAUUUGAUGUCAUAACCUUUAACACCUUGAUCAGUGGAUAUUGCAUCAGCGGACAACUUGAUCAAGCAUUUAGUGUGACAUUGGAAAUGAAAAACUUGGGCAUUUGUGCAAACAGAGUCACAUAUAAUACAUUGAUAAACCUUCUCUGCAAGUAUGGGUGUCAUGAAGAUGCGAAAGAACUGAUGAAAAUGAUGAUUAUGCGGGGUAUUCGUCCAGAUUGUAUAACAUACACUACUCUUGUUACCCAUUUCAACAGGAAUUUUAAUCCUGAGGAAGUGAUUGCAUUACAUGACUACAUGAUUCUAAAGGGUGUAGUCCCUGACCAGGAGACAUACAAUGCCAUUGUAAGCCCACUUCUUUUGGCAUAAAGGGGAUGCUAAACUUUUCAGGCUCUUUCCCCAUAGAAAGUGAUCAGAUUGUUACUUAUAUUUUACACCAAUCCAUCCCUGUUUCAUCUUCAGCAUCUACUGAUUCAGUUGCUUGCCAAAAUUUCUUUCAUAAUUCAAUUGAAUUAUGCUGAUAAUUGACAUUCAGUGGUGUUCAAUGUCUCAGUCUUCCCGCACUGUAUGGUAAAGUGGGAGCAUAUUUUGGUGAUUCUAUCAAGUUUUGUAUAUUGAAAAAAUUGGUAUGUUGAUAAUUGUAAUGCAAUUCAUGGUUGACUCCUGUAUAAUAAAAUUUGUGUUUUAUCAUCUCAUACGAAGACCUCCCAUUCGAGUUUGAUAAAAUUCAAAUAUGUAAUCUGCAUAAAAAAUUAGUGUUAGCUAGCAUUAAUAUAUUCUCCAAAGAAAUGAGUUGUCUUAUAUCU